GGAGGAGAGGCUGUGCCUGCCGGCCGGCACACACCGGGAACGAAGCCAACCCCCGUGGCGGUGACAGCGCCACAGCGACUGGACCAGGUCCCGACUUCACCACCUCGUCUGUGCAGAGCAAGAUGGCUGAUGCGGAGGUGGCAAAAAAAAUGCUGCGGGGCAUCCUGCAGUCCAACAAAGGUGGAGUGUCAUUGUCACACCUGCAGUCAGAGUAUAAGGAGCUGACUGGGGAGCACAUACCACAUAAGCAGAUGGGACACAGCAACCUGGAUGCUCUUCUAGCCAGCAUGCCAUCUUUAGUCCGCAUGGAGCGCAGCCGCUCGGGAGAGGUGGUUUGUUUUGCCUCAGGGGCCAAGGAGACAGGUCAUCUAGCCAAGGUGGUGGCUCGUCAGCGCACAUCCAAGAAGACGGGUCGACCUCACCUUGUCAACACCCAGAUGAGGGUCAAACCAGCUGCCCCGCUUGUCCUCAAUGCCAAACCUCAAAACUCUCUGAGGCAACCGAACCACCGUGGCCGAGGUGGGGGUAGAGGAGGAGGCCCUGGCCGUGGGGCUGGACAUGGAGACUUCAGACAGGCAAGAGACUUAAGGGAUGGCCCAUCAGAGGGCAAGACUGGGGGGCAUCCGAACACGAUGUCCAGUCAGAACACAUCCAACAGGAAAGGAAACCAACCUCCAGACAAGAUGGCCCAAGAGUCAGACGUUCUAAACAAAGAAGGAAGAAACAGGAGGAUGACCCUACCAUCACGGUUUCAGAAAGAGGUGCACGCUCACCUUUCCAGAAACUCCCAGCAGACCGCUCCACCCUCAAACUUAAAUGAGAGCUUUGGUUCUGGGAAAGCAAAGCCCUACAACCCCCAACUGGUCCAAGGUCACAUCAGAGAGAUCUUGGCGAAGUACAGUAAUGGCUUCUGGGUGUCCAAACUGCCUCAGAUGUACAGAGAGCUUUACAAACAAGACCUGCCCACAGAGGCCAUUAAAGACCUGGAGACCUGGACGCACAUUUGCAUAGUAGAGAAAACCUGCAGCAGCAACCCAUCAGAGCGGCUUCUCUACCCUGCCAAGGAACAGACAAACACUUCCUCCUCCUCUUCGCCCAUCCUCACCCACCCAAACUCUGCUACAACCACAAACGUGCCCGCAGACAAACCUUUCCAAUCCUCUGUCCAACAGAGAGCCCCCAGCACUCGUCCGACUCGCUCUGGCUCUCGGUCUUCUCAGUCUCCACCUUCAUCCUCCUCUUCACCCAGCCCUCCCUCGUCCCCUGCAACCCUCAGCCCUGACCUGAAGCAGAAGCUGGAGGAACUGUUAGUGAAGUACUCCAGUGGCCUGUGGGCCCAUGCGCUACCCAAGCUCUUCCAGGACACCUACAAAACCAAACUGCCAGGACAUGUUCUGGUCAGCCUCGAUCUCCUCUCUGACAUCUGCACCAUCGACUACCCGAUGCCUGACAACCCCAAGAGGGCCAUCCUGUACAGGCGAAGCAGUACUGGAGGUGGAGGAGGAGAGGACGAGAACUGCAACAGGAGGAACUCUUCAGCCAGUGAGGAGGAGCUGAGGGUGAGGAAGGAGCUGGGGAGGAGGCUCAGUAACCAGGCAGUGCCUCCACUACAGAUCCCCAAAGAGGAGUACCCCUCUGUGCUGGUGGUGGAGGCGACCAACACGAACGGGGUUUUACUCAGGUACAUCGGUGAGGGUUACUCCCAGGCUCAGGAGUCCAUGGAAGAUGAAAUGAGAGAGUUUUAUGGUUUGGACCAAAGCAGCCCAACACCUGUAUCAUCCCUAUCCUCGGGCCAGCUUGUUGCAGUCAGGGCGGAGGAAGAGGAGGAGAUUCUGAGGGCACAAGUCUGUGAGGUCAUGACUGACAAGGUCAAGGUGUAUUAUGUGGAUCAUGGCUUCUCAGAGGUGAUCAGCAAAAACAAAGUGUUUGAACUGCAUGAGAAGUUCUUUAAACUGUCUUUCCAGGCAGCCAAGUGUAAACUGGCAGGCCUUGAGACAUUUUGUCAGGACCCGGCGGUGCUGAAGAAGUUUGAGACGAUGGCGAGUGGAAAGAUUCUCUUGGCUGAGAUCCUGGAGAGAGGGCAGACCCCUCUGGUUGUCCUGUACGACACGUCGCAGGAUGAUGACAUAAACAUCAACGCUGCCUGCAUGAAAGCUCUGCACGACAAGUCGCUAGCGAGUCCGUUACAGGUGAACAGCGCUUAUAUGAAUGUGGCCAUCAGUAGCGUUUGUUCUGAUGGGACUAUCUACUGUCAGCCUCCCUCCAGAGGUCUUACCAAAAUGAAUGAGACGCUGGAGAAAAUAGAGACGUACUUCCACUCACAGGUAACAUCAGAGUUCCUGGUCUCCCGACCUUUUUGUGGGAAAAGAUGUUUGGCUCGCUACAAAGGAAAAUGGUCCCGUGUCGAGAUCACCAACCUUCAUGGCAGCAGAGUGUUGGACAUCCUGUUCAUUGAUGUGGGCGUGCAGGCUUCUGUCGAGGUGUUUGAGCUGAGGGAGAUUCCUCCCCCAUUCCUCCGUGACCUUAUGGCUAUCCCACCACAGGCUGUGAAGUGCUGUCUAGCAGACCUGGCUGUCAGUGUUGGAUCCUGGACUCCAGAUGCUGUGCAGUGGCUUCGAGACAAAGUGUUGAACACCACUGACUGUAGUAUGAAGGUUGCCAAAGUGGAUGAAAAGAAGCGCUGCAUUCACGUCCACUUAUUCACAGACAAGAACUUCCAUGACCCGGACCGCAGCCUCAACCGUCAGAUGGCCCAGUCCGAGCUGUUAAAGCAGCAACCAGACGUCUUCCUGACCAGCCACAGCUCUGCCAGGAUUUCCACACCUACUUCAUCCACCAAGACCUCCAGUGCCAGUAACUCCACCAAUGGCAGCCCAACAUCAGCUAAUGUCCCAGUCAAGCCUCACCUCAGGAGGGCUCUGUCAGGGCCCAAAGGCAGUGGAGGCGGUGGAAACACCACCACCACCACCCCCAGCAGCCCGACAGAAACACCAUCAUCCCCCACAUCCUCUCUCCAGCUGCCACCACCAUUAGAGCUGCCCACUAUAGGAAACAACAUGGAUGUAUACGUAUCAUUGGCGUGCCACCCCGGCCACUUUGUGCUACAGCCAUGGGGAGACAUGUACAGACUGGUAGUGCUGAUGGGAGAGAUGAUUCUCUACUACAACAAAACAGAGGAGAAACCACUAAACGUAGAGAAGAAUCAGAUUUAUGCUGCUAAAGUGGAAAACAGCUGGCAUCGUGUGCUGGUGAAGGGAGUUCUGAACAGCGGCUUGGUGUCUGUUUAUGAGUUGGACUAUGGUAAGCACGAGCUGGUCAGCUGCACACAGCUCAGGCCUCUGAUCAAAGAGUUCAGACAGCUGCCGUUUCAGGGAAUCACUGCUCAGCUGGCUGGAGUGAAGCAAAGGCAGUGGUCCGAGGAGGCCUCCAUUGUUUUCCGGCACCACGUGGAGAAGAAGCCUAUGGUGGCCCAGCUGGAGGCAGUACAGGAAGCCACUACCCCUUGGGAGAGGAAGCUGACUGUCUUCCUAGUUGACACUUCCCAGGAAGAAAAGGACACCUGGGUGCAUGACAUCAUGGCUGAGUUUGCAGAUGAGCUGACCAACGAGCUGUAAACAAUAGAGGACCACUGAGAAGUCUUACUAGAUCCUGUUGAUCAAAGAAGGCGCAGUGUGUCGUGGAUAGAAAAAAUAGAAGAAGCUUAUCUGUCUUUAUCUAUAUACCUACCAUCUAGUUGGAUUAAAGAAAGGAAGAAAGGGGUUUCCUAAAGAGAUGAACAGAGUUUGAGAAGUAAGAAGGGACACUGAGAUGUUUGGCAGCAUGUAGAGGAACGAAGACGACGUGAAGAAAUGAAGGCACCGUAGCUGCUGUAGUGUUAAAGGCUGCACACAGAAGGAUGCUGUGAUGUGAUGUGAUUUGAGUUACUGCAGUGUGACCAAUGGACAGCAUGCCCAUUCAUGAUGACUAAGUACAUAAUUGAUACAAACAGAUCUACAGUACAAAAAUAAACUGUUAAUUAAAUCAGUAUAACCUCGCAAAGCAGUCAGAAUGGUACAGCAUGCAUUCAGAAUAUUCGGUAUGGGCUUUAAUCCAAAGCAUCCUAAAGUACCAUGACCGGUUUUAGUGUGUGUCAUCCUGGGAAAGCCAGAACACCCUCAAUCCUGCCAAUGUGAGCACCACACAAACUGAACCGAGCAAGUUCUCUCGCGCAAGGAAGACGUACAGUACAUGCACCUGUUUACUAAAUCUGCUUUUGGGAUGGUGCUGCUCAUUGUCACGAAGUGUGCAAAAAGUGGAGCAAACAUUCCAGUGAAAGUAGGAGAAAUGGACGGGAGGUCGUACGAGGGAGAGCAGGAGCUUUUAUUUUGAAAUUACUUCAUGUGCAAAAUAUAAGUGACUGGUAUUCAGUGGAAAGUAUCAAAUUAAUGAUGAGCAUUUUUUAUUUGCCUGUGAAAUGCAACACAGAAUUUAUUGUGGUUUGAAGACGAGUUUUACAGUGUGGAUGUGUAAAACUUAGUUUUAUUAAAAAAUGAAGGAUAAAUAAUGCAUCAAACCUACAUUGUGACCAGCUCUAAACAAGAGAAAUGUGUAUUUUUAGAAUCUCAAAAGUCUAACAUACGAGAGAAAAUGCAUGACAAACUCCUGAUUAUAACUCCUGUGACGUCAGCGCCUCGUCCAUCUCUGUGCUUUUUCGGGAAUUGGAUUUUUCUGGCCCGUGUUUCCGUUUCUCGCCUGGCAUUGAGACGUAAAUCUCAGCAGAUUACUCGUGCUGCAUGUUACAGAUUCCCUGAGCUACGGUUUAGUUUGACGUUAUAGUAAGAACAAUAAUUACGAUAUUAAUACGCAGAUUAAGUUUAAUGUAGUGAUAUAUUUAUAGAGUUUUAAAUGGAGGAUAAAUUGGGCUUAUGAUUGGGUUCGGUACCACCGCUAAAUGCCGGCCUGAUGUGGGAUUUGAUUCUGAAAUGUGAAACUUUUCUUUCUGAUGAUUUGAAUGUGCAAUUCUAAUUCUGACGCUAGCCGACCUGACAUGAUCUUAUUUAUAUUUAACUUAUAUUCUCUGGAUAAUAAUGAUCACUAUCAUUCCUAUUUUGUUUAACAAUGACCUGGAAACAAUAAAACAGAUGUUUUUGGAAUGAA